UAGUAUAAAAAUAUAUCAAAAAAUAAUUUUGUUUCAGAUGUGAAUAUUGUUUCAAAUUAUGUUCUAAAUUGUCAGCGCUGAAACAACACGUGGCGGCCAUGCACACAUUUAUAUGCUCAUCAUGCAACCAAAAAUUCUCAACAAAAAAUGAUUUAGCGAUGCAUCAAAUUGUCCACAAAAUGGAGAAAUCGAAGCCCCGCAUCAAUGCAACAGCUGCGGCGAUAGUAUAGAGAACCUGGACAUGUGCGAGCUGCACAUCGAGGAGAACACAAGCACCGAGUACCCAUGCCUCAUCUGCGAAGACACUCUGCCGAGCAAGCCUGACGCCACCCAGCACCUGACCAAACACUUCGGCGACGUACUUAUCGACGAGCCAGAGAUGGACGAGGAAGAAUCAAGGCCCCUGACCGAGGACUCAUCUAUAGACGUGAUCGGCGGCAUACUCUGCUGCUUCUGCGACGAACUGUACAAGACCAGGAUAGACUUCGACCUGCACUUUGUGACCGAGCACGGAGACAAGGAGCUCGUCUAUACAUGCAUCGUGUGCAACAAGAAAUACGACAAGUACAGCCCGUUCGCGAACCAUUACUAUUUUCAUCUAUCCAAAGACAAAUUUGAGUGAGUAUAUGUAUUCUUUUAUCACC